AGUUGAGGAGAGAGGAGAAUAACCAUAUGGAAAACUACAUAAAGUCAAUAUAAAGUUUAGAAUCAGGAAAGAAGACAAGUUAAUUGGGGAAAGGGGUGAACACAGUCUAUUAGUGAGGAGCACUACAGCAGAAGAGAAGAAAGGAAGUCUUGUUGAAAAGCCUGGCUGGUUCAGGGACUGAUCCACAGGAGAUCUAAAAAGGAAAAACGAAGAAAAGAUCAAAACCAGAAGGUGAAGGAGUUGGGAACUACGAAGAGGAGCAUAACAAAGACAAGAUUUAAAAGAACUGAAACUCAAUUUCAGGAUGUCAGCAUCUCGGAGGUGUUUGUCCUGUGUCAAAUAUUUGAUGUUUGUCUUUAACCUCAUCUUCUGGCUAGGAGGAUGCGGUUUGUUUGGUGUUGGAGUGUGGCUGUCCUUCACGCAAGCAGAGUUUUCGUCUCUUCCUCUGUCCUUCCCAUCCCUCUCAGCUGCCAAUCUGCUGCUAGUUGCUGGUGGCAUUACCAUGGUGACAGGGUUCCUGGGUUGUCUUGGAGCCCUUAAGGAGCAGCGCUGCCUAUUGGUCAUGUUCUUUGUGAUCCUUUUGCUCCUGGUCCUGACAGAGGUGACUCUAGUGUUGGUUAUACACAUCUUCCAUGACGAGCUGGAUUCCAAAGCACAAGGUGAAUUAAAGGAAGGAAUGAAUAUUUACAAUUCCGAGCCUGGACUGAAAAAAUCCUGGGACAAUGUCCAGAAAAUGUUCAAAUGCUGUGGAGUAACGAACAAAACAGACUGGUAUGAUGUGUUGAAUGGAACGCUGCCCUCAUCUUGCUGCUCUGUUGGGACAGACCAAUGUGUUGAUGGUUGGAGUGAGCCCUGUUACCAGAAGGCCAGGCAGUGGCUACUAGAUAACAUCACCCAUGUUCUGGUGUUUGGUGUGUGUAUUGGUGUUGUGCAGAUCUUGGCCCUGGUGUUCUCCAUGCUGAUGUACUGUCAAAUUCUGCGUGCUGAGAAGUACUUGGACUGACUGCAGACCAGCUGUUGACUGACCCAAAAUGUGAUGGCUCACCGCAAACUGCUCUGGGAUCUCAAUAUACUCUCCAAACCAGACUGUGGUGCCGUAGUGCUUACUUUGGGUUCAGACCUUAAAUGGAUGUCUUUCAAAUGUCUUGAUGCAUUGGGUUAGAAAUUCCUCUUAAGAUUCCUCAAAAGUCUCUUGCCAUAGUUUGACCAGUGUACCAUGGGGUUUCAGUCAGGGCCUUCAGUAACGAACUGCACUAACCUCCCCCACCCACCUACCUACCUACACACACACACACACACACACACACACACACACACACACACACACACAAAUUCCUCAUGUUGGUGCCGAUACAGCCAACACAGCCGAAUACAAAAUACACACAAAUAUCAUGCACUAUAUGCACUACUGCUUCAACACCAACAAGACAGGUGAUCUUCACUUUCAACAACACAAAUGCACAUGCACACCACUGUGCACUAUAGCGGCUACUGCAGCAUCACCAUUAGAUCUUCCUUUAUGUCACUCAGAAACCACUUGGCACAACACAAAAACAAUAUACUGAAAUAAUAAUAAUAAUAAUAUACUAUUCUAUACUAACAUACUAAUAAUAUACAUAAUAAGUGGCAUCAGACACUGUCAACAUGAAACACAGCAUCUCUAUCUACUGCCCAAUUGCACCCUCUUUUGGAAACCUCCAGCAAUACCAAUCAAAUACAACCUUAAAGUAGAAAUGGAUAACUUUUUGCUUUAACUUAUCAUUAUGAAGUAAACGUUGAUUGCACAGUGUAAUGGCUAUAGAAUAAUGACACUAUUGGCAUUUAGAUUGGUUCCUUAUAAGCCCUGCUUUAACUGUGCAAUUCUGCCUGUCACUGGGUACGAUCUCCCGGGAAAAUGAGGGCUUGAUUUGCGGCACAAAAGAAGUGUGUUCAACCAUUGUGCAACCAAAAGAGGAAGAUGAUAGCGCUUCUGUUUUCCCCUGUAUCUAUCGGUAGCUGCAUCUCGUAAUUAUUUGUUAAGUGGCCAACCUCUUUCUAUUGUCUUAUUGCUAUGUGAUAAAUGUGGAAUACUGCACAGGCCAAUCUGAUGACACACUACUUAUAUUUGCGUACACUACAUUUAGUUGCAUUGAGUAUACUACCUGAUAAAACUUGUCUUUUGAUUUCUACAGGGUUUUCUUCCCUCUAGAAAGCCCUCUAGAAAGCAGUUAGCUAAGCUACCAGCCCUACAGUCAUAGAAUCCUGAAUUAGUAUUCACUCAGGCCGGCUGUCAGGCUGAUCUAUAGGCCUUUUCCAUGCACAUGUACUGGAACACAGGGCUACCCGCUUGAAGGUGUGUCUUUAACUAAUGACGCACUUAUCUUGAGUCAAAAAGCAGCGGGCUGUAUACAUCAUGGCUGUGACUAGUGGUCAAAGUCGCAGCUGUAAAACGGUGGAUGAACACAUAAAUUCCUAUAAAUUUUUCACAAUAAAAGCCUUCCAUUAUUUUUUCAGUGGAACACGUAUGAAGCAGCAACAGCAGUAAAUGUUUUCAUCUGCAGUAACUUAGUGCCAUUCCGAUACGGCUGAAAGCAAGGAAACGUUUAAAUAAAGCAGAUAUCUGAGAGUAAAAACAAGGAUGCAGAAGAGAGACUAAACUUCAAACCACAGAGAUUCAGUCAGAAGCUUGGCCAUGGUCAGUGACACAUAAAUGCAACCUGCUUGGAGGCUGGUCAGGUACACUUUGGCCUGACUCCGGAGAUGGUCCAUCUCUGGCACAAUAUAUGCUAUUUUAUAUAGAUUCACAUACUAAAUGAAUGAUCAAACUCAGGCUUUUUCUCCUAAUGUUUUCCUCUAAUGUAACUCUGAUGCCACCCUGAUGCCAACCCCUGCCAUAGUUAUUUGUACUACAUGUUUAUGCGAAGCAAUAGGUCUCUCUUAAAUAGAGUAAAACAUAGCACUCACACAUUAUUUGUAAAUAAUGCAGCUCCUUCUCUAUGGAAAUAGAUGCCAGUGCUGAGUCUGGCAAGGUCGAAC